GAAAGUUUCGGUGUAAGAAAUGGCUGGCACGGUGGAGCAACAACAAAGGAUGCAACUGAUAAAGGGUGAACGGCACCUAUUUUCAUCAUCUGAUGAUGCUACUGUUAUGAAGCAGAUCUUGGCGACCCAUGCUCCAGAUGGGCGCGAAGUUGAAGUAAGGCCGAUCUUGAAACUUGUAGAGGACAUCUUGCGCCGCGCCACACCUACUGUAGUCAUGGUGCCACAAGCUCAUGAGUUGGAACUGGUGGAAGACAAGGCACAACAGUAUGAAGUGACCUCUAUGCUUGAGGCCCUUGCAUACCCAAUCCACAGGAUUUCAUCUGAGAUAACUUACAAGUGCUCAGGUGGUGGAGAAGUUCAUGCAACAGCACUAGCCUUAUUCCAAACUCUCUCAACAUACACAUGGGAUGCCAAACUAGUGCUCACACUUGCAGCUUUUGCCGUUACUUAUGGGGGGUUCUGGCUCUCUGCACAAAUCCACUCUGUGAAUCCACUGGCCAAAUCCAUAGCACAACUUAAACAACUCCCUGACAUACUUGAACAAACUGAUGUCCUAAAGCCAAGGUUUGAUGCCAUUAAUAACCUUAUCAAGGCCAUGCUUGAUGUCACUAAAUGCAUCAUUGAAUUCAAGGAACUCCCCACUGAGUAUAUUCCUCUUGAUUCACCUGAUAUCAACUUGGCCAUGGCUCAUAUCCCCACUGCUGUUUAUUGGAUUGUUAGGAGUGUCCUUGCUUGUGCUUCUCAGAUCAUUGCUCUUAUUGGUCUUGGCCAUGAGUACAUGAGUUCCACAACUGAGGCUUGGGAGCUGUCAAGUUUAGCUCACAAAGUUGCCAACAUUCAUGGCCACCUUAGAAAGCAAUUGUCCCUUUGCCAUCGAAUAAUUGAUGAUAAAAAAGAUAUCGAGAUUUACCAAACACUAGUGAGACUAUUUGAAACUAUUCACCUCGACAACAUGAAGAUCCUUAAAGCAUUGAUAUACUCAAAAGAUGACCUACCUCUUAUUGAGGGCACAACUAAGAAAAGAGUCCGUGUUGACGUACUAAGGCGAAAGAUAGUCUUGCUUUUCAUCACCGAUCUUGAUAUCACCCCUGAAGAGCUCUUCGUAUUGAUACAAAUAUAUAAUGACACACACCAAGGAAAGGUAGAGCGACAUUACGAGAUUGUAUGGCUUCCCAUUAUUAAUCUACAUGUUUCUUUGUUACCAUCUAAAGAAGCGACCUUUGAUCAAUUAUCGUCGGUAAUGCCAUGGUACUCUUUGCAACAUCCAGCCCUGUUAGAUAAGGCAGUUGUGAAAUACAUAAGAGAUAUGUGGCAUUUUGAUAAGAAGCCAAUUUUGGUGGUGUUGGAUCCACAAGGGAAGGUGGUGUGUCCUAAUGCACUUCACAUGAUGUGGAUUUGGGUAGUUUGGCAUUCCUUUCACAAGUGCAAGGAAGAGGCUCUUUGGAAGGAGGAGACUUGGAGGCUUGAAUUGUUGAUUGAUGAGAUUGAUCCUACAAUAGUUGAAUGGGCGAGAGAAGGGAGAGACAUCUGCCUAUAUGGAGGAGAGAGACAUAGACUGGAUAAGAAAAAGAACAAAAAGAUUAUAUCCAUAAUCGCCGCAGAAAAACUCAGCAGUUAUGCGAAAGAACCAGCCAUGAUCUGGUUCUUCUGGGUUCGUAUUGAAAGCAUGUGGCACUCAAAACGGCAACACGGGGCACACUCGUUGACACCGGAUCAAAUCAUGCAAGAAGUCACCCAAAUGUUGAGUUUCGACAGCAGUGACGAAGGUUGGGCAGUUUUCAGUAGGGGAUUGAUGGAGAUAAUUAAGUCAUCGAAGGUAGUUACCUCGAUUGUUUGA